AUGGCGGAAUACUACUUAAUAGCGCUAUCUAUUAAUCUAGGAGAAGCUAGUUAUAAUCUAUACCUAUCUAGUGCAUAUAAGAAUAAUAUUCGCUUUAUACUAAAGGCGAUUAGGGAUCUGCUACUUUUAUAUGUUGCAUACGUCUUGCCCUUAAGGCAGCUAUUCCUUAGACAGCUAAAGCUAGGCCAAGCUAGACGGGAUAGUCGGCAGUUUAUAGCAUUAAUUACUAAAGAGAAGUUUUCUGUUAAGAAGCAGGUAAACUUUAAUCUUGAGGAGGGCGUAGAGGAGGAUAUUAAGGACGAGCUAGAUCUUAUUGCCCUAGCUAAACUAAGCAACUAUAGCUACUACAUAUUUAAUUAUAUAUAUGCUAGACUCUACCUGGCUAAGCAAGUAGUCCUAGUAAUAGGGACUAGCUCUAGCAAGUCACUUAUCUUUAUAGUAGGUGCAUUGGUUGCUGAUGCCUGGACUACGAUCUUGGUUCUCCCUAUAUUAGCCUUACUUAUUAUUAUAUUAGUAGAGGCUGCGUGUACUAAGACCUUCCUUAACUAUGCCUAUAAUCUAUUCCUUAAGUAUAAUAAGCUGGUUAAGCCGAGGAUUAUCCGAGAGUUAAUAAAUCGGUCGAAUAUCAAGUAUCUAGUCAGCCGGGAAACUAGGCCUAGCACCUUAAUUAAGAAGGCUGCUAACCUAGACAAAGUGGCAUUGCUUGCUAAUAUGCUAGGGUGCCUAUUAUAUACUGCUAAGUCUAGAUUAGAUAAGGAGAAGGCAGCUAUCCUCUCUAGGUGGCUUUCUAAUGCAGACUAG